AUGGACGUGAAAAGUGCAUUCUUGAAUGGAUUAUUAAACGAAAAAGUAUAUGUUAAACAACCUCAAGGUUUUCAGGUGAAGCAAUCCCAAGAAGGGAUACUCAUUUCUCAAACCAAGUAUGCAAGCAACUUGGUGAAGAAAUUCAAUGUAGCCUUGAGCAGACCAGCUCCAACUCGUAUGAGCCCGAGCAUUAAGCUAAGCAAGGAUACAAUAGGAAAGUUUGUGGAUCAGACUUUGUAUAGAAGUAUCAUAGGAAGUUUACUUUACUUGACUGCAAGUAGGCCUGACAUUACAUUUAGUGUUUGUGUGUGUGCUAGGUACCAAGCCGAUCCCAAGGAAUCUCACCUUUCGACAGUGAAAAGGAUCUUGAAGUACAUCAAUGGUACACCAGACUUUGGAAUUUUCUAUUCAAAGGAUACUAAUGCUUCAUUGGUAGGUUACUCGGAUGCUGACUGGGCAGGCUGCAGUGAUGAUAGAAAGAGCACUUCAGGUGGAUGUUUCUACUUAGGUACAAACUUGGUAGCUUGGCAUAUCAAAAAGAAGAAUGCCAUCUCCUUCUCCACAGCUGAAGCAGAAUACAUAGCUACUGGAAGUUGCUGUACUCAAUUGCUUUAG